AUGAAAAAGGGAGCAGCUGUAUCUGGUGGAUGUGACAGUAUGGCUAUUUGUGUCUUAUUCCAGCACUUUAGGGAAAAAAUGUGCGUUUUUACGGUUGAUCAUGAAUUGAGAGAGAAAAGUAGAGAAGAAGCAGAAGCUGUUCACCGUAUAGUCUCUGGAAUGGGUUUCCAACAUAAAAUAUUGUCUAUGAAAUGGCCAAAGGAGAAAAUUCCUAUAAAAUCAAUAGAAAAUGCAGCACGCGAGCAACGUUAUACUCUUUUGACACGUGCAUGCUUAGAGAGUGAUAUACGUGUGCUUUUUUUAGGUCACCAUUCAGAUGAUCAAGCUGAAACAGUAUUUAUGAGAUUUAUUGAGAAAAGCGGACCAGAUGGACUUGCUGGAAUGCAAAAACUUGCACUGAAUCCUAUGAUAGGAAAAAUUAUGUACGCAGAAAAUGUGUUUCUAUGCCGUCCUUUUCUAGAUAUUCCUAAAAUAGUUUUAAAAAAUAUUUGUCAAAGUAACAAUAUUCAAUGGUUUGAAGAUCCAACGAAUAUUGAUAUGUAUCUUUCUAGGAGAAAUGUUGUUCGAAAACUGUUUCAGGAUCCAAAUCAGUUACCUGAUGCCCUUAAACCAUCUAAUAUGUUAAAUAUUGCACAGAUAAUGACUAAGAAAAGAAUGCAGACAAUAAAAAGGGUAAAAUUAUUGUUAUCUAAAAUGCAUAUCACUUUUUUUGAAGCGACUGGAUCACUAGAAGUUAGAUGUAGUAAAGAUAUUUGUGAGGAAAAAGUGUCUACUCUGUCAAAAUGGAUGGCACACCUUAUCUCUUUGAUCUCACCCUUACCUAGACAAAGGAUAACAGUAGUACAAAGAAUAAUUGUUAAUUUAUUUAUAAAGAAUUUAGAAAAAAUAAAACAAUAUACAGUUGGUGGUGUUUUAAUACAUGCAACAUGGUGUUUUGAAACAUUAUUUAUACGACUAACACGUCAACCCUAUUCAAAAGCAGAAAAAGUGGAUUCUAUUGUAUCUAUUCAGCCGACUAGUUUUUUAAAUCCACAAGAUACAUGGAUAUUAUGGGAUGGUCGUUGGUGGAUUAGAAUUCUUUCAAAAAAUGAUACAGUUAAGCAAUUUACAGUAAGGCCUUUAGCAGAAUAUGACAUAAAACCAUUGUUUAUAAAGGUAAAUGCUGUUAACACAGAGUAUAAAAAGACUAUACUAUAUUCUUUAAAAACGAUUAAAGGACAUACUAAAUUCACGGUUCCUCUUGUUGAAUUUAAUACAAAUAUUAUUGGGCUGCCAACAUUAGGAAUAAUUUUUGAUCAAAAUGUCAUUAUUGAAACGAAAUUUAAAAUAGAUAUCUUAAAGCGGUUAAAUUGUAUAGCAUAA